UUAUGUCGUAGCAGGUUACCUGCUCGCGGCGAGUUCACAAUUGUUGCCUUUUGCAGGCAGUGUUAGUUUAUUGGGCCUUCAUAAGUAACACAUUUUAAACUUUAGUUAAUUGGUACAACUUUGACUUCGAGUCCACAUUACUACAGUUGGAAGUGCCGUUCACUGGUUGGGUGCUGGAAUUGUGAUUUUGCUGCGAGGAAUCUACACUGUGACCUACCAUCUUCAAUAAACCCCAACGCCAUGGAUCGUGCUUCGAGUGCAAGUCAGCUGAUUGCCAGCAACGUCACAAAUAAGACAGACCCACGAUCGCUGAACUCGAGGGUCUUUAUUGGCAACCUAAACACUAUGCUGGUCACAAAGGCAGACGUUGAAGCCAUUUUUAGCAAAUAUGGCAAGAUUGUGGGAUGCUCUGUGCACAAGGGUUAUGCCUUUGUUCAGUUUGCCCAAGAAAGAAACGCUCGAACUGCUGUGCAAGGAGAGGAUGGGCGGAUGGUUGUCGGACAGGUGCUUGAUGUUAACUUGGCAGGAGAGCCCAAACCUCACAGGUCAAAAACUACAAAGAGAUCAGCUGGGGACAUGUACAGCAGUAGCUCGUCUUUCGAGCUUGAUUAUGAUUUCCAGAGAGAUUACUAUGACAGAAUGUAUUCAUACCCUUCCCGUGUGCCUCCACCUCCUCCUCUCUCACGGGCUGUGAUCCCAUCCAAACGUCCACGGGUCAGCACGAGCGGAGCAACCAGCCGUCGCACCAAGUCCAGCUUCGCAACUUCGUCCAAGAGCAGCCAACGGACAUCCUCUCGAACCUUAAAAUCAGAUGAUCUUCAGACCAUUAAGAGAGAGCUUGCUCAAAUCAAGCACAAGGUUGACUUUCUUCUGGAGAGUCUGGACAGGAUGGAAAAGGAUCACAGCAAGAAAUCUGAGGGGAAGAGUGUGAAGGCAGAAGUUGGGGAGGUUUCUCCCCUCCAGCAUUCUAGCAAGAAAGAGAGAGAGAGGGAAGAGCAAGAGCUAAACGAUUCAGAGGAGGAGAGAGAUCUGCUGGGGGAGGAGGAAGAAGAGGAGGAGGAGGAGGAGGAGGAAGAGAUUAAAAGCCAGGGUGGAGAGAAUGAGGAAGGAGAAGAGGAAGAGGGUGAGCACGAAGAAGGGGAAGAUGAUGGCGACAGCAUCAAUGGUGACGACUCGUAAUUUUAAACGCUCUGGACACCAGACUUCCACUCAGAUUUCAGCCUUUUCAGUUCUUUUGAAAAGGUUGAAGCAAGUCUUUAAAAGAUUCAUCUAUGAUGAUGUAAAUGUCUGUGCUCUUAUCUUAGCUGACGCUGCGAUCACAUCGGUUUGAGUGAUGUCAGUUUAUUUUUAAUGUUAGCAUGACAUCUUUCAGGCUCUUGAAGUAUCCCUCAACCUUGAAGAAGACAAACGUCUGUUUUCAACACAAACUAUUACAUUCUCCACUUAAUCUUAAUCAUUGAGACGUGAACCAGAGAUGUUUUAAUUUAUCACUAGCAGAAUAUCUCUAUAAUGCUUUCUCUGUGUGGAUCUGGCUUGUUCCUUGUUUGCCCUAUGUCUCUGGUGAGUUUUUUUUUUCUGUUAGCAAAGUAAAAAUUUGUAUUUUAAAAAGGGGGAAACUUACAGUGGCUCCUUUACAGAGAGUCACCGAAACUUCCAGUGAACAUCUAUGUUUGUAUUUACCUGUCUUUUUUAUAUUGCCCUGUUUCAGAAUAAUUCUACAGGAUCAUUUCAAUAAAAUAUUAAAUUAAA